AUGCGGCGCUGCGCCCCGGGGCCGCCGGGCCCCCCGCCCGGGCCCCCCCCCGUGCGCAGCGCCCUGCCGCCCGCCGCCCCCGCCGUCCGCCUCCGCCUGCGGGAGUGCGCAGCGCGAAUCCCAGAGGCUGGAGCCCUACUCGACUUGCUGGAGAAAUGUCCUGAGCAUCAGAAGAAGGGAGGUUUUCCCGUCAUAGUUUUUGAGGGGCUGGAUGCCACAGGCAAAACCACUGUAACCCAGUCUGUUAAGGACACCCUCAGUGGCAUUCUCCUGCGGUCCCCACCAGCUUGCAUCAGCCAGUGGAGGACAAUAUUUGAUGAUGAGAGAGCACCCAUUAAAAGAGCAUUUUAUGCUGCGGGCAACUACAUUCUUGCUUCAGAAAUAGCAAAAGCGUCCACUCAGGCACCUGUGAUCAUAGACAGAUACUGGCACAGCACAGCUGCCUACACAAUUGCCACUGAAAUAAAUGAGCAAGUCCAAGAUCUUCCACCAGCUAACGAUGAGGUGUACCAGUGGCCUGAGGAUCUGCUUAAACCCGAUCUUGUUCUUCUCCUGACUGUUGACCCUGAGGAGCGAGUGCGGAGACUUCAGUGUCGGGGACUGGAGAAAACAAAGGAGGAAGCUGAGCUGGAAGCUAACAGCCUGUUUCGCCAAAGAGUUGAAGAAUCAUACAGAAGGAUGGUGAAUCCUGCAUGCCAAGAGGUUGAUGCCAGCCCCCCCAAGGAAGAAGUUCUCAAGACAGUGCUACAACUAAUUAAGAAACACUGUGCUUUGUGAAAGCAACUUCUUUGUAAUAGCACUUAAAAGAUACUUUUUAGUGCACUUUAAAGGUGCUUUUUAUUGUCCCUUGGUUUUGGUACCUGAAAAUGUACUGUGAUGCAUUUCAUCCUGAAGACGAAUCUUCUCUUUCUUCUGUUGACAGUAAUCUGUGCAGAUUAUCUGUUUCACCAUUGCCUACUGUACUUUUCUGUAUAAGGCAAAAUACUACUCACUUAUUAUUCAGCAUUCUUAGUAAAGCCACAAAAAUACUACAGUCAUGUAUGAAGUAUCUCAGAGUGCUCUAUAACACUGUGACAUUUCAAGAUGCUAUCAUGUUUCAUCUUCAUCACCAGGAGAACCUGCUCCUGCAUCUGUUGUGUUCCAGAAUUCACUGGACUGCAGCAGGAGCAUUAGGUGCCCAAGGAGAGGCUGAAAUGUCAUCCAGCAGUAAAACAAUAAAAUGAUCAUGACAUUUAGGAACAGACA